AUGUAUAAAAAUAAAGUACAAUUAUAUGAAGACUAAGAAUAUGUGCAAUCACAAUCUAAUAUUAAUUUAUUCAACACUCAUAAAUGUAUUAAAGAAAAAAAGUAAGUGUUAUACUUAUAAAAGAAUACGAAAAUUCAAACAUCAAAAAAAUACUAAAAAUAAUUAGAUUACUCAAAAUUUGUCAUUAUUAUAUUAAUUAGAAACUACAACUAAUUAAUAAUCAAAAGUAUCUCUAUCCAAUAGAUAAACUAUUUUUUCUAUAAAGAAGAAAGACAAAUAUAAUUGUGUUAAUGAAUCUACUAAUAAUAAUUUUGGAUUUCUAUAAUUAAAUAUAAAGAAUAAAUCUUUAGAUAUUAGAUCCCAUUUUGUUGAGAUGAAAAAUAGUUUACAUAAAUAGAUAUUCCUUCCAUUAUCUCCAAUUAAAGAAAUUGAAGAAUAUGUGUUUUAUUAAGUAUUUGUUAAAAAGUUAAUAAGAGUAAACUUAAAUAAGUCAUGAUAAAUGAUUAAAUAUACUGUUAAGACAAUUUGGAAAUUAUUGUAUUUAAAAUUGAAAAGUAAUACAAAAUCAAAAUAGAGUAUUAUAUCCAUUAAAAUUAGACCAGGCCUAAUUGAAGGUUUGAUAUUAAAUGAUAAAAUAUUCAAGAAUCAAUUUAUUAUUUACUUAGAAUGUUAAAAUUCAAAUGGGAGAAUUUAUGAAGUAUAAAUAGAAUUUGAAAAUUAAAAUGAUUAUGAAUAAUUUCAAUUAUUUUGA